AUGUCGCAGGCGCAAGGCAAGGAGGCCAAGAAAAUCCCCAAGAAACUGCGUUCGAAGGACGCCUUCAAGCAGGAGCUGACCGAGAAGCAGAAGAAGGACAUCAAGGAGGCGUUCGACCUGUUCGACGCGGACGGGAGCGGGGUGAUCGACGUUAAGGAACUGAAGGUGGCGUUGCGGGCGCUGGGGGUGGAGCCCAAGAAGGACGAGAUAAAGCGGCUGAUCGGGUAGCUGAACACGGACUCCAAGAGCAAGGAGAACUCGAACAACAUCGACUACACCGAGUUCCUGCAGAUCAUGACUGCCAAGAUGAACGAGAAGGAGUCCAUCGAGGAGAUCGACAAGGCCUUCAAGCUGUUCGCCGAGGACAGCGACGUCAUCACCCUCGAGCACCUCCAGAAGGUGGCUGCAGAGCUGGGCGAGACCAUGAGCGACGACGAGCUGCAGCUCAUGAUCCGCGAGGCCAACAACUACGAGGGCAAGACCGUCAACAAGGAGCAGUUCGCCACUGUCCUCACCAAGGCCACCAACAAUUGA